AUGAGCAUCGCGCUACGUCGCGUGUCGACGCGUCCAUUGAUUUCUUGGAUUAUCAACAUUCUUCGCACCGUAUCGAGCUUCGCCAUGAUCAUCUACAAAAGAUCGGCACGCCAGCGCAGCAACUUCUACGGAGAAGGCCUGAGCUCAGCUUCUCUCUUUCGAUCUAUCGACAGAGGUCUGCUGGUCGACUGUGUAAGAUCUGUCGACGUAUAUAGGACCGUCCUUGCUGUCUGCGGCGACUAUUCGGCGCUCGACGUUCGUCAACAGCAAAUAAGCAUCUACACCUCUACGCUCGUGCCGGAGCCAUCACAUUCAUUCAACUACUACCCUCAUACCUCACACCUACGGCCGCAACAACAGUCCAGCAAAGCACACGCAAAGAUGAUAACACCCAUCGCAUCCACUUCAGGCUCCAUCCUGCGAGCGAGCAGAUUGGCAGCAACUGCCCUAUUGCUUCUCGGACUGGCGCAGACCACUCUUGCCAGCGUAACGUAUAAGAACGCUGCUCUCUCGCUCGGUAUGACAUCCAAAUCGGUCGUGCUGCCCAAAGACCGCUACAUCUUCACCAACGUCGGCACAGGUCAGACGCUACAGUAUGAUCAAUCAGGCCAGGACAUCUAUCCAGGUCGCGGACGAGGAGAUCCCAUGACAAUAACACCUCACGGACAUGGCACGCAAUGGAGCAAGAUCUCACCCACGAACAGCAAUAACAAAUGCCUAUCCGCGCAAUGGGACUACAAGUUCGAUGGCGGUGCCGAUUGGGCGGCCGUCAUGUACACGUGCUAUGUCGACCCGACGACCAACAGAGGCUUCGAACAUGCCAAGCAGUGGUGGCUGCUCGUGCCGGUCGGCAAGGCAAAGGCCACAAAGUCCCGCGGCAAGCGAUCGCUCAGCGCGCUCGAAGAAGAGGAAGCGACAGCAGACCUCGAGAAGCGCGGAUACAGUGGUGUCUACUACAUUGUUCCGACCGAUCAUAUCCACGACAUGCAAACGCGUGCACUUACCUCUUGCUCAGUCAAGACGGCGGGUGGCGCGACCAGCACUUGCUUGCGCAACUUCAGCGCUAGCGCCAAGACGCAGCAAUGGCGGAUCACCCCUGCAUAAGUGGUAAUCCUUACCAGCCAUACGAAUUAUGUCCCUUGUCUGUCGAAGCGCUCCUAGGCGACUGGAUCGCUGUCACUACUAUAACGCUACACUCAAUGCGCGAAACGAUCACUUCCAUUUCGGCGAACGUCUGUAACCCCUUUCAUGCCUGUAUUGCGGACGCUGGUCGCAUCAAUCCACUCGUUGUUCCUUUCUCAUCAGAGCUUGAAAGGAACAAGUCGCGACCCGAUGAGAUACAUACAACAACGUACAGCAAGACUGAAGUUGAGAGAUUGACACUAUUUACUCAGACUGAAUCUGCAUACUAAUCACUUAAGACCGAUUGAAG